AAAUGAAGAACGAUAAGGAAUUGCUCAACAAAGAUGGCGUUUCUACUUUGCGAGAUUUUGCACUUGCUCUAAUAAGUAGUAAUUAAAUUUGUAGUAAAGUGAUUGAUCAGUGAUUUAAAUUUAUGUCGCGGUGAUUUAAUAAAAACCCCCUAUUAUUGUCUUCAAAACGUAAAAGUUAUAACAGAAAAACUAAGAUCUUAAGAGCACAAAUAUAUGGAAUCGAAUAGGAUAGAACUUGCAAAUGCACACACACAUACGCGAUGGAAUCACAGUAAAAAGUUAUUGUAUUAAUUGUAAAAAGUACUCAAAUAACGCUUAAUAUUUUACUCCUGUACUGCAUGUACUCGUGUUAAUCUUUAGUUAAAUAUGUCAGAAAAAUAAAACCUUAUAUAUUAGUCUGAUUGUGAGGUUUGGACAUAAAAAUAAGACGAAACGGCUUUCAUUCAUUAGUACAUAAAUUCAUUUUAACACAUAUAUAUUCAUUAUGUUUGCAUAGAUAUAAACGUAAAUUCGUUAUUAAUAAUCGUUUGGUAAUUGAUUAAUUCGUAUCAGAUAAUUAACAUAUAUCAGGUCUUACUAGAUAAUAAUUUGAAAUUGUGAAGAUUGUGGAACAGAUUCUGACUAUGAGAAAAUUAUGCCGACAUAUGUUUUUUUCGUUAUAGUAGUUUCUGUUCAUAUCUACAUAAACACAUCAUAUAGAACGAGUAAAUAUUGUGCCCUAUAAUAUAAUUAUUGUGCCCAAUAAAGUGCGCAUUGCUUUUGAAAAGAGAAGACUUUUAUCAACACAGAAUAUGAAUAAAUUAGAUUAUCCCCGCCGUAAUGGAGCACAUAAAGUGCGAAUAACGAUAUUGUGUGCACGUAACUUGGCUCGUAAGGAUUUAUUUAGACUUCCAGACCCAUUCGCUAAAGUACAGGUCGAUGGUACAGCACAGAUAUAUACUACGGAUGUUAGCAAGUCAACUUUAGAUCCUAAAUGGAAUGCACACUACGACCUUUUCAUUGGGAGUAACGAUGCUGUUACUAUUACAGUUUGGAAUCAGCGUAAAAUACAUAAAGCUAGUGGAUUCCUUGGUUGUGUACGCAUACCUGCAGAUUCAAUACAGAAGUUAAAGGGAAUGGGAUUUACGCGGUUAAAUUUGGGAAAACUCUCUCCUGAGGAUGAUGAUAUGGUGCGUGGACAGAUUAUAAUUGCCUUAUUGUCAAAAGAUGGUCCAUGUGGUGGCAACCCUUUGGCGGUGGUGGGUCCCAGUGGAGAUGUCCGGGGCCCAUCGGAAGAAGAUUCUUCUGAAGAUAAUUUACCAGAAGGGUGGGAAGAGCGUCGCGCUGGUAAUGGCCGCGUAUAUUAUGUAAACCAUACCACGAAAUCUACGCAAUGGGAUCGACCCAGUAUGCGUUGCCGUCAACGCUCAAGGGUCCAAAAUAUUGAAGGUACUAAUGUGCAACAUCCCGCCGGACCAACUCGUUCGAACACUUGUACAAAUCUUCUUAACGGAGAAAAUAGCUGCAGUUCUGAAAGAAAUGGAGCCGAAGCAGCUGACGAAAGGCGACAUUCGACGGAAGUGCUCCCAUGUUCGAACAUGGGUUGCAGCAGUAUUAUCAAUAAUGUCAACGCAAACGUUAAUGUCCAAAUUGGCAAGGAGAAUUGUAGUCCAAAGUGUGUGGAAAAUGAUGAUAAUAGUUUGACAGUUGCGGUAUCCAAUAUAAGAAAACCAAAUCAGCAGGUACGCGGCAAUCAACAAAAUCAAAAUUGUAUUGGUGCUACUACACAAGCAGCUGCGCAGAUGCGUGUAAGUGAUUAUAAAGCGUCGACAACAGUUUCCACGACAGAUACUCCGGCGGUUGUAACAACUACGACAACAACCGCCACCGCUUCGGUUAUGUUUACUUCGGGUAACAUUUCAAAUGGAGAAGCUGGUAACAAUAGUCACGGUAGGAAGCUAACAACAAUUUCAAAUGGCCAGCAAGCGGGGCAUUUAUUAAAUGAGCAGCAUUCGUCAGAAUCUGGUGAUGGAUCACUGGUAUUAGGUACGACCCAGCGUCCGAAUAUUCAAAACCAGACCAACGGUAAUGCUGGUAGUACAACCGGAUCGAAUGCAGCUCAGUUGCAUAUUAAUGGUUGGAGUAUCGAAAGUAAUGAUCAUCUUUCUUCGUCUACACCUACUAGUAUAUUACUGAGCCCUAACUCAGGAAAUGGCAAUACUGUGGCUACCAGCGGUAUUAGUGGCUCAAAUAACAGUCAGAGCCCCAACGCAAACUCGAACUCACAAAUUUCAAAGACUAGUUCCACAACAGCAAAUGGCAAUCAUCGAGAAAGAGAACAUGAUCGUGAUAGAGAGCGGGAAAGAGAUAUACGUAAUGGUAGUGUACCAUCUUCUUCAAAUACAGGAGUUUCAGGAACAACUGUUUGUAAUCAACGUUCACAGCGACGUUCUGCAAGAGGAACUGAAGAACCAUCACGUAGACGUUCAUCGCGAAGCACGCGCGCUUCCAGCAACAGCGGUGGUGGUGGUCAUCGAUAUGCCAUUUGUAGUAAUAGCGCCACAAAUCCAAUAGCACGCCCAUUUAUGGACCUACCAACAGGUUAUGAGAUGCGAACAACUCAACAAGGUCAAGUAUACUUUUUCCACACUCCUACUGGUGUAUCUACAUGGCAUGAUCCACGUAUACCUCGUGAUUUUGACACGCAACAUCUGACACUCGAUGCAAUUGGUCCUCUUCCAAGUGGUUGGGAGCAACGAAAAACUGCUUCUGGGAGAGUGUACUUUGUAGAUCACAAUAAUCGGACAACUCAGUUUACUGAUCCCCGAUUUAAUUGUAAUAUUCUCCAAAUGAUACGGCGCGGAGCAUUAUCUAAUACAGGAAAUUGCCCCAGCGUGGCGAAUAAUUUGGUUUCUACGGGUAAUGGUAGUAUCGUGCAGCAACUUUCUCCAGCAGCCUCGCAUCCGUUGUCAAGUGGGAAUAGCGGUUCAACAAGUGGUAAUAAUGGUGCAACCCAUCGCAUAGUUAAUAAUACAAGUACACCACCUGCAGACCUGCCGCAAGGUCUUUUAGAAGGUUCUGAGCUGCUUCCCAAAUAUAGGCGAGACUUAGUUAGUAAAAUGCGCGCUCUGCGCACCGACUUACAGACACUGCAACCACAGUCCGGUCACUGUCGUCUUGAGGUGUCACGUAACGAAAUAUUUGAAGAGAGUUACAGACUGAUUAUGAAAAUGCGACCUAAGGACAUGCGUAAACGCUUAAUGGUAAAAUUCAAAGGAGAAGAAGGUCUUGAUUACGGUGGCGUUGCGCGUGAGUGGCUUCAUUUAUUAUCACGUGAAAUGCUUAAUCCCCAAUAUGGAUUGUUUCAAUAUUCACGUGAUGAUCACUAUACGUUGCAAAUUAACCCAGACUCGGGUGUUAAUCCAGACCACUUGUCGUAUUUUCACUUCGUUGGGCGAAUUCUAGGAAUAGCUGUAUUUCAUGGACACUGCUUAGAUGGUGGUUUUACAACACCCUUUUAUAAGCAACUUCUUAAUAAACCGAUAACUUUAAAUGAUAUAGAAGGAGUUGAUCCAGAGUUGCAUCGUAGUCUAACUUGGAUGCUUGAGAAUAAUAUAACGGGAAUUAUAGACUCCACAUUUAGUGUUGAGAACAAUAGUUUUGGCGCAUUGGUAGUUCAUGAAUUAAAGCCGUUAGGUGCCUCAAUAUCAGUAACUGAGGAUAAUAAGCGCGAAUAUGUAAAACUUUAUGUAAAUUACAGAUUUAUGCGAGGUAUAGAGCAACAAUUUCUGGCGUUACAGAAAGGUUUUUGUGAACUUAUUCCAGGUCAGCUUUUGAGACCUUUUGAUGAGCGUGAAUUAGAAUUAGUAAUUGGCGGAAUUUCUAGCAUUGAUGUUAAUGACUGGCGCGUCAAUACAAGACUGAAACACUGUACACCAGAAACGCAACAAGUGAUAUGGUUCUGGCAAGUGGUGGAAUCUUACUCUUCAGAAAUGCGUGCACGUCUUUUGCAAUUUGUAACUGGUUCCUCAAGGGUGCCAUUGCAAGGUUUUCGAGCAUUGCAAGGUUCAACUGGAGCGGUUGGACCACGGUUAUUUACUAUACACCUAACUACAGAUGUGCCCACUCAAAACUUGCCAAAGGCACAUACUUGUUUCAAUCGCAUUGAUUUACCGCCUUAUGAAACUUACCAGUUGCUUUGCGAUAAGUUGACGCAGGCUGUGGAAGAAACUUGUGGAUUUGCUGUAGAAUAGUUAUUUAAGUGGAAUGAUAGAAGUAAUCUGGUGGUAGAAUGCCUCACAUUUAAAUACUUACCUAAUAACCAGUGGAUCUAUAAAAACGAGUAUUUUUCCUACUUAUUUGGAUGAAUUGAAAAAACAUCACUGCUAUUCUUUUUUCAAUUUGUUAAUUAUUAAUUUUUUGAUUAAUUGUUGCCGAUUUUCACUAUUCAGAAGAAUCGCAAAUAAAUUAUAUAUACAGAUGUAUAAUAUUAAAUAACAAAUAUACAUAUAUGCAUACAAAGUUCUGUUUAUAUACGAGUACAUAUAGUAACGUAGCCGAGAAUAUCAGAACAUAUGUAUAGAACUAUAAGAUAUAAUGAGAAAAUUCUUUUGUUAUGAAUGGUUUUAACACUUUAAGAAAUCAUGAUUGUGAUUAAUCGAUUAAUAAAAAAUUGAAGAUAUCUGCACUCAAGAA